GCGAUGUGAGGCUCUGCAGAGGACCAGAACCAAACUGGAGAAGGAGAAGCAGAACCUGAGGAUGGAGGUGGAUGACCUGGCCACAUCGCUGAGUAACCUGCAGAAAGCCAAGAUGUCAUCAGACAGCCAGACAAAAAAAUUGGAGGAGCAACUGACUGAGGCCAACAGGAGAGGAGACGAGCUGCAGAAGACGCUGACUGAGCUCAACGUGGCCAAGAACCGACUGUCAGCCGACAACGCCGACGUGAGUCGACAAAUGGAGGAGGCAGAAAGCAGAGCGAGCCAGCUAACCCGCUCCAAGCUGCUACUCCAGUCACAGCUGGAGGAGCUAAAGAAACAGCUGGACGAGGAGGUGAAGGGGAGGCAGAUCCUCAGCAGCAGCAUGAGCUCCGCUCGGCAGGACUGUGAGGUGCUGAAGGAGCAGCUGGAGGAGGAGCAGGAGAGCAAACAGGAGAUGCAGCGCCUUGUUUCCAAACUCAACAGCGAGGUGACACACUGGAGGACUAAACAUGAGGCGAUCGCUGUUCAGCACGCAGAUGAGCUGGAAGAGACGAGGAAGAAGCUGGCAGUCAGACUUCAGGAGGCUGAGGAGGCCGUGGAGGCCACACAGGCCAAGUGCUCCUCGCUGGAAAAGAACAAGCAGAGGCUGCAAGGCGAGGUGGAGGAGCUCUGCAUGGAUCUGGAGAAGGCCAGCAGCUGUGGUCAGGCUCUAGAUAAGAAACAACGGGUCCUGGAGAAGCAGCUCGGAGACUGGAAGCAAAAGUGUGAGGAGCUGGUGGCUGAGGUGGAGGGCUGUCAGAAGGAGAGCAGGCAGCACGUCGGAGAGCUCUUCAAACUCAAGACUGUUCAUGAGGAGAGCCUGGAGCAGCUGGAGGCUCUGCGCAGGGAGAACAAGGCCUAUCAGGAGGAGAUAGCCGACCUGACAGACCAGCUGUCAGAUGGAGGGAAAAGCGUCCACGAGCUCCAUAAAGCAAAGAAGAAGAUAGAGAUGGAAAAAGAAGAGUUACAAGCUUCCCUGGAGGAAUCUGAGGCAGCUUUAGAGGCUGAGGAGACCAAGGUGCUGAGGCUGCAGCUGGAGGUGUCUCAGGCUAAAGGAGACCUGGAUCGCAGGCUUCAAGAGAAGGAAGAGGAGGCUGAAGCUGCGAGAAAGAACCACCAGAGGGCGCUGGAGACCCUGCAGGCCAGCCUGGAUGUGGAGGUGAAGGGCAGAGCAGAGGGACUGAAGCUGAGGAAGAAGCUGGAGGCCGACGCCAGUGAACUGGAGCUGCAGGUGGACCUGCUCACCAAGAACAACGCAGAGCUCAACAAGAACAACAAGAAGCUGCAGCAGCAGAUUAAGGAGCUGCAGGCUCAGCUGGAGGACGAGGUGCGAACCCACGAGGAGCUCAGGGAGGAGCAGGCAGCCCUCGAACGCCGCUGCGCCCUGUUGGUCAGUGAGGGCGAGGAAACCAGAACAGCCCUGGAGAGCUCGGAGAGGGCCCGGAAAGUUCUGGAGUCAGAGCUGCAGGAGGCCUGUGAGAAGUUCUCAGACCUCAACAACCAGUUCCAGUCAGCUCUGAAUGGGAGGAGGAAGCUGGAGGUGGACCUGCAGACUCUGCAGCAGGAGCACGAGGAGGUGCAGGCAGAGCUGAGAGCCAGCGCAGACAGGGCCAAGAAGGCCGGCUGUGAGCUGGCCAGAGUCGGGGAGGAGCUGCGACUGGAGCAGGAGCACACGCUCCACCUGGAGAGGGUGAAGAAAGGUCUGGAAGGUCACAUUAAGGACAUGAGCGGGCGGCUGGACGAGGCGGAGCAGAUGGCUCUGAAAGGAGGAAAAAAGAUCAUCCAGAAACUGGAGGGGAAGGUGAAGGAGCUGGAGCUGGAGCUGGACUCGGAGCAAAAGAGACACUCGGAGACGGUGAAGACGCUGCGGAAGAAUGAGCGCCGUCUGAAGGAGCUGCUGUUCCAGUCCGAGGAGGACCAGAAGAACCAGCAGAGGAUGCAGGAUCUGGUAGAGAGACUGCAGAGCAAGAUGAAGACCUACAAGAGACAAGUGGAACAGGCUGAGGAACAAGCCAACAUGAACCUGGCCAAGUACAGGAAGACGGUCCACGAGCUGGAUGAUGCUGAGGAGCGAGCUGACAUUGCAGAGUCGGCGCUCACAAAGAUCAGGACCAAGAACAGGGGCAGCUUUGGGAAGGGCUACUCCUCCGCUGCUCCCUUCUUCAAGGGUCACCACAGUGAACUAACUUUCACGAAGACUUGACGAUCGUUUUUACACC